AUGUUGACUUCUAUACUCCUAGUCUCGCUGGCACUGGGUGUCCAGACGCUCGAAGUGACCAGCGGAUCAGCAUGUGCCGAUAUCUGCGAAGGCCCGACCUUGACGUACAGCGACGACCUGACAUGCACCGACGAGGGCUAUUUCAACACGGCAAAAGGUGACACUAUGCACGACUGUCUGCUGUGUGAGAGCAAGAGUACCGCCAACACGGGCGACAACAGUAAUCCACAGAACAACGAUAUAUAUUGGUUUCUGUUCAACAUGAAAUACACUCUCCAGUACUGCAUGUUCCAGGGCAAUGGCAGCACACCUAACCUGCCUCAAUGUCAAGCCUCCUGUGCCGGGCUUUACCCCGUCCUCCAGAGCUCCUGGUUCAUUCCAGUGGCGGCCGAGCAAUACGACUAUUGCUCGAUCAACAACACGGCCUUCCCACCUACGUGGAGGAUUGCGCAACCUGCUUGUCACGACGAUCCGGUUCGGUCAUUCUUGGCAAUUAGUGGAUGUGACAACAAGCCCAACGCAACAUUUGGCCAGACCAUUUCUCUCGAGCGCGACCUCUUCGAGACCGCGACCCCAUCUAGCUCAUCGACGGGAACUCUACCGGCGGCAUCCGCCACGGGCGCAUCUGGAAGCUCCUCGUCAACGAACGCCGCAAGCGCUGCCGUGAGCGCCACACAAGCAUCGCCAACCCCCUCAACCAGCUCCUCAGGUCUCAGCGGAGGUGCCGCUGCCGGCAUUGGGGUCGGCUGUGGCCUGGCCGCGAUAGCAGCAGUUGGGGGUCUGGGGUGGUUCAUCGUACGCAGACGGCGAUCUCGCCGUGCAAUGGCAGCGUCAUCCGACUUCCUUGAUACCAAGCGAGCGUAUAUGACACCCCCGUAUCAGUAUGCUCAACAAAUAGACGGAUCAGAAGUACACGAGAUUGACUCGGGACAAGUGAAGUCCGGCGCGGCGGGGUCCAGGACCGAGCUGGAAUAG